AUGUCCUAUGUAUCGGCAUCUGUCCUGGCGGCUUCCCCUCCGUUCGAGCUUCAGGCCUUGGCGCUCCAACACAUAAAAGUCCUGGGCUCGAGUGGGCUUACUCUCCCUGUUGCCGGGCAGGUGGCCUCGGACGCUCGUGAAAAGGCGAGGAUGGAGACCUGGGAGCGGUGGCGCUCCGAUCUCCUCGCCGAGGAUGCGGUGCGGGCUCACCGUGGUGUGAGAGCUUUUCUUCCUAAUUGGCAGGCUUGGAGGGACCGUGGCAGGCUCCCGCUAACCCUCAGGAUGACGCAGGUGCUCACCGGACAUCGAGCGUUCGGGGAUUACCUGCUAAGGAUUCGGCGAGAGAUGACUGACACUUGUCACCAGUGUCAGGAAGAGCAGGACACGGCGCAACAAACGUUGGAAUUCUGUCCAGCAUGGGCAGAUCAGCGCCGUGUACUGCAGCUCGCCAUCUGUGAGAGUUUGGCCCCCUCGGUGAUCGUGCACGCUAUGCUGAGGGGGCAGCGGGAGUACCUCGCCUUCCGCUCCUUCUGCGAGCAAGUCAUGCUUGCGAGGGAGUUGGCGGAGAGAGUCAGGCAUCAAACAAGUAUAAACAUAAAAAGUGAGCUGCAGAUUCUUUGGAUAACUAAUCGCCUCGAAAAACUUCAAUGUGCCUACCUCAGUAUACUCAGCUCACUGAUAGAUGAUGUAGCUACGGACUCAAAAGAAAACACCACAACUCAUAUCGUUAAAACCACCACCGAUCUAUAUUGA